AUGGGAAGCAGCGGUAACGAAAUCUGGAAUGUGUUGGUGCGACACUUCGAUGAGGAGAAGGUCACGAAGGUCGUGGAAGCUCUUGAGGAUGAAUGCAUCUACCGGCUCGACGACAUCAAGGAUUUCACUCUCGCUGAGCUCAGGGACCUGAAUGUCCCAGCUGGAAUGGCAAAGAUGCUCCUACUCGAAGGAAGGAAAGAGGCGGCCUUUACACUCCGAGGAUCGCGGGUUGCCUACCUUGGGUCCGAGGCGUACGAUCGGGUGAUGAGCCGCUGCCCCUCUGAUAUGGCAAACCAAAUGAUCACCUUCACCAUUCAGGAGCAGAUGUCGGACACCAAGCCACCUGCACUGUUAAACUACCGUCCAGACACCGCUCGUGGUCUGCCGAUAGCGCUCGUCUCUCCGGUCUUUGCCUACUUUCUGGACUUGUGUGACAGCCUCGAACUGACGCCCACGGCCAAAGAUUCUGCCUUUGUCAACGAGCUGUGUUUGAAGUCUUCCAUGGCCUACGUUGAUGAGGCGAAAAGGUGUAAGAUGCUGUUCGCUUUGCUGCGAGCCUAUCUUCCGUUGGAAUUUUUGGUUGACGAGGUCGGCAAGAAGGACAUCGCGAUCCUGUAUCAGCGGCAGCUGCUAGCUAUAUGCCAGGUCAAGAAUGAAGAAGGCUUUUCGGGAAAUGCCUACCUGGAAGCAGGCGCGUACUACGUGAGAGAUUUAAGCGACAACCGCGAUGAGGUUAUGGUGCGCUGUGAGCGGUACCCGGUGUUCCUGCUGGAGAUUACGGGUGCACUGUUGAAAGUCUCGGGCGCAGCAUUUGCUUCCUGUCCUCUGGUCGAGCCGCUGAAGAUGGGCCUCUUGGUGCGGAGGACAAACCAUAAGGAGAUGGAUGCUCUUUGCCGGAUGGUGGUCGCUUUGCGCAAAUCGCUCUUGAAGCUCGUGUCACUUCGAGCAGCAGUGAUGAGGCGCCCGGCGGCAGAGCUGGACUUGGCAGCGGUCGACCUUCCGUAUCCAUUGCAGGAGUUUUAUUCCACAGGUGGCGGUGUCAUGGUGCUGAGUUUUGGAAAGCUUUACGUGCUGGAUCUGCAGCAUAGCCGAGAUGUGCUGCCGACGCCUUUUGAGCAGAUCAAACGCAGCGGUGUUACCAAGAUCCUGGCCAAGUUCUGCCAGCGGUACGGGAGUCAAGUUCACGCCGACUGGUUCUCUCGUGGCUGUACUCCGAAGCUGUUCAAUACCAUGCGUCUGAGCGGGGACUGGCUCAUGGUGCUCAUGGAGUACAUGGAAGGCUACACCGACCUUCAAAGGAAAACUAACGUCUUUCCCGUUUCUUCUGCCAAGUGGAACAAGAUCAGUAGUCUGGCUCGCAAAUGCUUGAAGGAUGCCCAAGCAUCCACCCUUCGUGGCGUGCACGGCGACCUCAGGCUUGACAACCUGCUUGUCGAUGAAGGCCUGACGCACGUCCUGGCUGUUGACUUCGAAAGAGCUGGAAUCGAAGGAUGCGACCGGUAUCCUUUCUUCAUGAACCACACCGAUGUGGAGUGGCCAGCUGGGGCAAGCGAUAACCAGCUGCUGAUGCAAGUGCACGACAACGAACUUCUGGAAUCGCAGCUGGAGCGGAAGCACAAGAGGAAGUACGACUGGCACAAUGAUCGGAGUUUUGUGCCAAAGAAGCUUGCGGCGCUGGCAUCUGGAGCAUCGGUAUCGGAUACUGAAGAAGACUUCUGAAGCUGAGUCGUCUCAUCUGCGUAGUUAACCCGGGAGUUUAUAAUUAAGAUAGAUCUGAGGAGCUUCAUCUAUUGUGUAAUG